AUGUCUGUCAAUUUCAACACCAAGGCUGAGACCAAGGACGGCGCUCUCUAUACCAAAUUCACCUACGAGUCUACCAUUGUGGAAAAGAAAGAGGCUGGCUCCCUUUCUGUAACCCCAACCGCUACCGACUACGAGUUCAAGGUCGACUUAAACACCCCAAAGACUGGUUUGUUGUUAGUUGGUUUGGGCGGUAACAACGGUACCACCUUGGUCAAUGCCGUGUUGGCAAACAAGCACAACAUUUCCUUUGAGAACAAGGAGGGGCGUGUGGAACCAAACUACUUUGGCUCUGUCACUCAGGCUUCCACAGUUAAGCUCGGUGUCGACAAGGAAGGUAACGACGUUUACGCUCCUUUCAACUCCAUCUUGCCAAUGGUUCACCCUAACGACUUUGUUGUUGGUGGUUGGGAUAUCUCCAAGAUGCCAUUGGAUCAGGCCACCAAGAGGGCCAAAGUCUUGGAUGUCGACUUGCAAAGACAAACUGCCGGAUACACCAAGAACAUCGUGCCAAUGCCUUCUAUCUACUACCCAGACUUCAUUGCUCUCAACCAGAAAGAAAGAGCUGACAAUGUCUUCAAUGUUGACAGCAAAGGUGAAGUCACUACGAAGAACAAAUGGGGCGAUGUUGAGAGAAUCAGAAAGGACAUCAAAGAGUUCAAGGAGCAGAACAAAUUGGACAAGGUCAUUGUCUUGUGGACUGCCAACACUGAAAGGUACGCCGAGAUCAUUCCUGGUGUUAACGACACCGCUGACAACUUGAUCAAGGCUAUUAAGGAGUCUCAUGAUGAGGUUUCUCCAUCCACUAUCUUCGCAGUUGCUUGUAUCUUGGACCAGGUUGCCUACAUCAACGGCUCCCCACAGAACACUUUCGUCCCAGGAGCCAUUGAGUUGGCCGAGAAGCACAAGUCCUUCAUUGGCGGUGACGACUUCAAGUCUGGCCAGACCAAGUUGAAGUCUGUGUUGGCCCAGUUCCUUGUUGACGCUGGUAUCAAGCCAUUAUCUGUUGCCUCUUACAACCACUUGGGUAACAACGACGGAUACAACUUGUCUGCACCAAAGCAGUUCCGUUCCAAAGAGAUCUCCAAGGCCUCUGUCAUUGACGACAUGAUCCACUCCAACGACAUUUUGUACAAUGACAAGAAGGGCAAGGAUGUCGACCACUGUAUUGUCAUCAAGUACAUGCCAGCUGUUGGUGACUCCAAGGUUGCCAUGGACGAAUACUACUCUGAGUUGAUGUUGGGAGGCCACAACAAGAUCUCCAUCCACAAUGUUUGCGAGGAUUCCUUGUUGGCCACGCCAUUGAUCAUUGACUUGGUUGUCAUGACCGAGUUUUUGCAGAGAGUGAGCUACAGAAAGGUUGGCGACAAGGAGUACGAAAACUUCUACGCCGUGUUGACCUUGUUGAGUUACUGGUUGAAGGCGCCAUUGUCGAAGCCCGGCUUCGAGCCCAUCAACGGUUUGAACAAGCAGAGAUUGGCCAUUGAGAACUUGUUGAGAUUGUUGAGAGGAUUGCCAUUGGUGAAUGAGUUGAGAUUUGAGGAGAGAUUGGUUUAA